UUCCUAACCUCCAAAAACACUCAGCAUCUCUAUCCCACACGGCCUGCACCACACCGAGCAUUGCCACAUUGUCAAGACGGUCCUUUCUGAUGGCUAUCUCAAAGCUCUCGGCAGCUGCCCUCUUUACAACGACCAGCCCAAAAACUCUUGCUAUGGUCACCGAGUUGGCUGCUGGCGAGCCAUGCGUAUUCGCCUCUAUCGUACUUUUGUAGUGGCAUGCACCGUGCGCCUUGACCAGUUUCGCGCCGUCCAGGCCGAGCAGUCUGUCGAAGACAUGAUGGCUAAUCUCGGUAAUUUGGGCCGUGUUUUUGAAGGCGGUUACUCUGACUCUCGUUUUAUUUGCAGCUGCUUCCCAGGCGUCAAGAAGAUCUUCGCCCUCAAGGCUGGCCAUGUCGACACCACCCCUGUCGCCCACGGUGUGGCUUUUGAUACCUGGUGGGAGUUGAUCGGCGAGGAGGCCUGCCCAGCCCAGACUGAGGAGACCUUUGAAGACCCAACUGCCAUGCUGGAGCAUGCUAUGAACUCGAUGGAAUUUUCGGGUGCGUGGGACGAGCUCGUUGACAAGAUGGAGCAGUUUGGCGAGGGGGACAUGGAAAUGACUGGAUGAUUUGAAUAGGGGCGUGGGAAACGUUUGCGAGAGGCUAUUUGGCGAUGACAAUUGUCGACAUCUGGAUAUGUCUGGCAACUGAGCUGUUAGACGAGAUCUGAGGUCCGUAAUUGCUUACCUGUUUUGCUCUUCAAUCUAGUCUUUCUUUGCAUUAUUGAGUCUC